AUGGGGGAAGGGCACUGGGCAGGAGUGAAGAUGGGUUGUGGGGGCUUCUACUACCCAGAAAUACCUGAAGGCUAUAUCCCAGGUAUUCCAGAAGACUAUAUCCCAGGUAUUCCAGAAGUCUACUACCCAGAAAUACCAGAAGGCUAUAUCCCAGGUAUUCCAGAAGUCUACUACCCAGAAAUACCAGAAGGCUAUAUCCCAGGUAUUCCAGAAGUCUACUACCCAGAAAUACCAGAAGGCUAUAUCCCAGGUAUUCCAGAAGUCUACUACCCAGAAAUACCAGAAGGCUAUAUCCCAGGUAUUCCAGAAGUCUACUACCCAGAAAUACCAGAAGGCUAUAUCCCAGGUAUUCCAGAAGGUUACCAAGUGAUAGUACCAGAUGCUGGACCAGUAUUUCCACAUCUUCCCACAUUUGACUUCCAAAAAUAUCUUACUCAAACUGUACAUGACUGCUGUGGACCUUCAGGGGAAAUUCUUAAUGAUGGAGAUACCUGGGAAUUUGGCUGUAAUGUCUGCACUUGUAAUGGAAUUACUGGAAUAAUGGACUGUGAGCCUCGUGAUUGUGACCAAGAAGUAGUCUGUGGUGAAAAUGAAAGAAAGGUUUUCACAGAUCUAACAAAACAAUCUAAAGACUCUUGUUGUGGACAUUGUGAACCACUAACAUGUAAACAUAAUGGUACUGAUUAUAAGAUAAAUGAAACAUUCAUAGAUCCAGAAAAUCCAUGUGUUGUUUACACUUGUGAAGUCACAGGCUUGUCAGUAUGGGUUGACACAUGUCCAAAACAGAAGUACUGUACAAAGGAUAGACGAACAUAUGAUGAAAAUGGAUGCUGCUAUACUUGUGACAACUCAUGUAAGCCAUCGCCAACAACAAUAGAGUUAACUAUAACUUACACAGACUUUGAUGAUAACUAUGAAGGAUCAUGUUCAUCAUUUGUUACAAUGGCAAAAUGCAGUGGAGAAUGUGAAGAAGCUAAAUCAAGAUAUGACACAGAUAUGCACAAAGUAGUAAGUGAUUGUUACUGCUGCAAAGACGUAGCAUCUGAAGAAAGGACGAUUGAUAUGAUGUGUGAAGAUGGCAGCAUUAGGCCAUAUACCUACAGCCAUAUAACAGCUUGCAGUUGCAAUGCUUGUACUGAUACAUUUACUUACCGCUGAUCAAACGAAAAAAAAAAAUUAAAUACAUUUAUCAAUGGUUCUUUUAGAAAUGUUAACAUUGAGCUUUAAAGAUACUCACUAUACUACUAUACUACUGUAGUGCAUUGUUGUCUCCUUAAUAUGACAUAUACUUUAUUUUCAUUUUGCUUUAGUAAUAAAACAUAUUCACUCUUCCCUUUUGUAUGGGUUUUUAAUCGGUCUCAAAACAUAAAUGGGUUAUCCUUCAUAAGGUAAUUUUAGUAUGUAUCUGCUGCACAGUAAUGGACAUGCUUAGGAAGGAUCUCUGCUUGUCUUGGUGCAAAUGGCUAUGCUGUGAGAUUACCAUAAUGCUGUGGCUAUCUUUUUGUGAACUGGGUAUUUCCUGUUG